AUGAAUAUGACGGUAGGAAAUCUGUCAGCAUUUGACUCGAAGGAGCAGACUUGGGAAGAGUACUGCGAGAUUCUGGAUCAGUUCUUCGUUGCUAAUGAUAUUGAUGAUGGAGAUAAGCAACGAGCUAUCCUCAUUAGUGUGGUGGGACCAGCCACAUACAAGCUCAUAAGGAACCUGGUGAGUCCAGAUAAGCCCAGCACGAAAACAUAUAACCAAAUAGUGACUAUCAUGAAAGACCACUUCAAUCCCAAACCAAGCGAGAUCGUGCAGAGAUACAAAUUCGACUCUCGUGCCCGUCAGCCUAGUGAAACUGUGAGUGUAUACGUAGCUGAGCUGAGACGACUCGCUCAGGAUUGUAACUUCGGCACGACACUGGAGCAAAUGUUAAGAGACCGCCUCGUUUGUGGCAUCAAUGAUGAUAGGAUUCAAAGACGUUUGUUAUCUGAAACCGAUUUAACAUUUGAGAAGGCAUUUCAAAUUGCCGUAGCAGCCGAAGCCGCCAGUAGGAAUGUGCAGGACCUUCAAAAUAAAGCUCCGUUAGCUUGUAACAGCAUGAAGACGGAGGGAAAGGAGAGGAAGGGAGACUGGAAAAAGAAAGAGUGCUACAGAUGCCACGGAAAGCAACACAGUGCAGCCGAGUGCAAGUUUAAAGAAGCAAAGUGUCACGCCUGUGGAAAAGUAGGACACAUCGCCAAAGCCUGCCGAAAUAAAAAUAAAGGGAGCUCGCGGCCAGAUGAAAGGAAACCAAACAGAGAGGAGCGGCGCGCGCGUCCACAGAAAGCACACAAGGUGUGUGAGGGGCAGGAUGAUAGUUCAUCAGAGCAAGAAGAAGCCUUCACGUUAGCUUGCAUUAAAACAGAAACCUCAAUAAGGAGAAUUAAGCCAUUUGAAGUAAAAGAUGGAAAAAUUGUGGGAGUAGCAGAUGUGGAAGUAAUCUAUGGCCAGCAAGUGAAGACGUUACCCCUAGUGGUGGUGAAGGGUACUGGACCUAGUUUGCUGGGAAGAGCAUGGCUGGAGACACUGAAGCUUAAGUGGGAUGAAAUAAAACAUGUGAGAACAGAGACACAAGGGCUACAACAGGUACUUUCAAAACAUGAAGAUGUUUUUAAAGAAGAGUUAGGCAUGUUAAAAGGCAUGAAAGCAACCAUUCGAGUGUCAGCUGAAGCUUGUCCCAAGUUCUACAGACCCCGCUCAGUUCCGUAUGCCAUGAGAGCAAAAGUGGAAGAGGAGCUUGAGAGACUGCAGAGAGAGAGCAUCAUAACACCAGUAAAGUAUGCUGAGUGGGCUGCACCCAUCGUACCUGUCCUGAAGCCGGAUGGUUCUGUCCGGAUCUGUGGCGAUUAUAAAUUAACAGUCAACAGCGCUUCAUCUCUAGAGCAGUACCCCAUUCCCAGAGUGGAAGAUUUGUUUAAUAGUCUAGCAGGAGGGAAACAGUUUUCAAAGCUAGAUUUAAGUCAUGCUUAUCAGCAGAUUGUAAUGGAUGAAGAGUCCAAGAAAUACUUAACAAUUAACACACAUCGUGGCCUGUUUACCUACAAUAGGCUUGCCUUCGGAGUGUCAUCUGCUCCAGCAAUUUUCCAGAGAACCAUGGAAAGCUUGCUACAGGGUCUGCCUAGGGUAGCAGUGUAUUUAGAUGACAUACUUUUGACAGGGGAAGAUGAAGCUGAGCAUCUAAGUACGCUGGACGAGGUACUGAGGAGACUGAAAGAAGCAGGCUUGCGCCUUCACAGACGCAAGUGUGCAUUUCUGAGAAAUGAGGUGGAGUACUUGGGUCACAUUAUUAAUGCAGAAGGUCUGCACCCAGUGCAAAGCAAGAUAAAAGCCAUUGAAGAGGCUCCACAGCCGACCACCGUGACCGAGUUGAAGGCUUAUCUUGGUCUAUUGAACUACUAUAACAAGUUUCUCCCUAACCUAGCUACACAUUUAGCUCCUCUCCACCAGUUGCUGAAAAAAGGGGCCCAGUGGGCCUGGAAUAAGGAGCAGGAAGAUGCUUUUCGACUGUCAAAACAGAUGCUGAAAUCAGCUAAAGUCCUGAGUCACUACUCAGCGGAUAGAGAGUUGGUGCUGGCGUGUGACGCCUCACCAUACGGAGUGGGUGCCAUAUUGUCCCAUAUCAUGGAAGAUGGCAGUGAAAAACCCUUAGGUUUCAUGUCCCGCACGCUAACACCAGCUGAGAAGAGAUACUCACAACUGGAUAAAGAGGGCUUAGCUAUCAUGUUUGGAAUAAAGAGAUUCCAUAAAUACAUCUAUGGUCGAAUGUUUACGAUCAGCACGGACCACAAACCACUGAUCUCACUUUUCCACGAGAAGAAGCCCGUUCCUCAGAUGUGUUCACCAAGAGUGCAAAGAUGGGCAACCCUACUCCGGGCAUACGAGUACAAAAUAAUUUACAAACCAGGAAAAGAGCAUGCAAAUGCAGACGCACUGAGCAGGUUGCCGCUGCCACAUACUGAAGAAGAAGAAGAGACAGCACAAGUCCUUCUGCUGGAUCUGAUGGAAGAUCCGCCUAUCACAUCAGUUCAGGUGAAGCAGUGGACAGCCAAAGACGAAACACUGUCGCAAGUGUUACUCUGGUGCAUGAAAGGUUGGCCAAAAGAAGUGGACACAGUGUUCAAACCCUACUCUAAAAAGAAACUAGAAUUGAGUGUGAAAGAUGGGUGUGUCCUCUGGGGGUCAAGAGUGGUCGUUCCGAAGAAAGGAAGGAGCGUCAUACUGAAACAGCUGCACGCCACGCACCCAGGGAUGUCCAGGAUGAAAGGUUUAGCACGCUCAUAUGUGUGGUGGCCAGGAAUGGAUUCUGAUGUCGAGAAGGAAGUUCAGUCCUGCCACACAUGCCAAGAAAAUAGGAAGUGUCCUGCAGGGGCGCCACUUCAUCCAUGGGAGUGGCCAGAAACACCCUGGAGCAGGCUGCAUAUUGAUUAUGCAGGUCCUUACCUUGGAAAGAUGUUCCUGAUAGUAGUGGAUGCACAUUCCAAAUGGAUUGAUGCCUACCCAACAAACACUGCAACAAGUCAGGUGACUAUUGAAAAGCUGAGACAGUGCUUUAGCAUACAUGGUCUUCCCCAGACAAUAGUAUCUGACAAUGGAACAUGCUUUACCAGUCAAGAGUUUGCAACAUUCCUGAAGCAGAAUGGAAUACAGCAUAAAACAUCCGCACCUUUCCACCCCGCAUCGAACGGACUAGCGGAAAGAGCUGUUCAGACAUUCAAACAGGGAAUUAAGAAAACAAAAGGAGAUACACUGGAAACAAAAAUAGCCAGGUUUCUGUUCAACUACAGAAUUACACCACAAAGUACGACUGGCUUGUCACCCGCUGAAAUGCUCAUGUCCAGAAGACUGCGUUCUACACUGGAUCUUUUGCUGCCAGAUGUGAAGUCAAAGAUUCGUAAGAAACAACUCAAACAAAAAGAACAUCACGACAUACACAGUAAGUGGAGAAGUUUUGCACCUGGAGAUGAUGUAUAUGUCCGUAACUACAGCUAUGGACCAAAGUGGAUACCAGCAGUAGUGGAUGAGAACACUGGACCCGUAUCCUAUACAGUGCAGGCUGGAGAUGGACGUGUGAUGAGACGUCACGUCGACCAGAUUCGUAAGCGUCAAGCAUCAUCAAACGAGAUGUCCAGUCAUGAGGUGGAAGGAGAGCCUGUCAGCCUGCAGUUGCCAGAGCAGGCAGUGGAGGUCGUGCCUGCAGACCCAGGUGUUCCAACUUCAGUGGGAGGGGAAAUGACUGAGCAGCCUGCUGAGUCAACCCAGGUUCAUCCUCCAGCUGAACUUUCGCUAGGGACAGAAGCCCAAAAGACACCUGUGCUGCGAAGAUCUGCACGCACCAGACAGACUCCUGCUUAUCUGAGAGACUUUGUUAAUUAGAAUUCAUAUCCUUCAAGAAAGAGUCAGAACAUGCUCUGGGACAUGCAUGGGAAGGUUUGGCAGUUUACCCAACCUUCCUAGUUUAAAAAAAAAAAAAAAAAAAA